GCCUGGAAAAGCAACUUUUGAAGUCAUAGAAGAAGAAACAAAUCUAGAUUCAUUUGAGAUUCUUAAAGAAGCUUCUACAAGACCAGAUGCAUUCUCAUUGCCCAAGAAAAGACAUUUAGUUUUAUUCUGGUGA